UUGACUGGGAUGACGAGAUGCAGGGGUACAUCCUGUCGUCGUAUUACUAUGGGUACGCAGCGACCAACAUACUUGGUGGCUACGCAGCGGCACGGUUCAGCGCUCGCUGGGUGUACGGAAUGGGACUCCUCACCGCAGGGGUGUUUACGGCUCUCGGACCUCUUUGCGCCUACGCUGGAGCCAUUUUGUUCAUGUUUUCACGCAUUAUCGUCGGGUUAGCAUCGGGCGUCAUAAUUCCAGCGAUGCACGUCCUCUUCCCAAAGUGGUUCCCCGAGAGUGAGCGGCAGAGAAUAACAGGAGCAUUGUUUUCAGCAACGUAUCUAGGUACUGUGCUCUCAAUGGCGUCGUCAGGAUCCAUGGUGAAGAAUCUGGGGUGGACUUCUGUCUUUUACAUAUACGGUGGCAUCACAAUAUUCUCAGUACUUCCCUGGUUUUAUUUUGUGUACGACGAGCCGGAAUCUCACCCCAGAGUCUCAGAGAAAGAGAAGAUCUACAUCCUCGAAAAUACGAAGCGUAAUCGUGCAAAAAAGACUGAGAAGAAUACUGAGUCACACCAUAAGGACGACCUCAUCGGAAACCCUUGGCCAAUGAUACUGACGAAUGCACCAAUGUGGGUACACGCAUUUAUCAUGUUUGGAACAGGCUGGGUGUCCUUCACGUUGCUUUCAGAGCUACCGACAUAUGUGGGGAAUAUUCUCCACUAUGACAUUGAUGAUGCUGGUCUCAUAUCGGCGCUGCCGUAUCUCUUUGGGUGGAUCAGUUGCAGCGUAUACAGUUUCCUAACGCAAAAAUUUACCGAAAAAGGCAUGCGUGUUAUUACUACCAUGAGAAUUUGGGACGCCGUAGCGUGCAUCGGCAGCGCGCUUUGCCUGCUGGGAGUGACGCUGGUCAACUGUGACGUCACAGUGAUCAUCGUGCUGUUCGUGCUGACCAUGGUGUGCCGCUGCGCCGUGUACGGCGGCUCCUACAUGAACCACCUCUACCUCUUCCCGCAGGCCUACGGUAGCGCGGCUGGGCUCGCUCUGACUGCCUCCAAUCUAACUGGUAUCCUCACACCACUUGUCACCAGCGCCUUUGUUUCUGGCAGACAAACGGUGCAGCAAUGGAAAUAUGUGUUCUACGUAUCAAUGGGUAUGGCCACAUUACCUUACGUUUUCUAUCUCAUUUUUGGUUCUGCUGAAGACCAAGAAACUCCAUGGAUAGAAAAGAGAAAAAUGAAGAGGAAAGAGCAAUGUGUACCAUAAAUAAACUUGUGAAAUGUCGUCUGAGGAAUCUUUAAUUCUACUUCGCGUACAAAAUACUCUGAAUAUUCUCUAAUGUCCAGAAUAAGAUGAACGCCAAUGUAGCACUGAAUAGAUUACACGCUGAAAGCGUGAUGAAUUAUUGUUGCAUCUCGUCCCUAUAUUUGACGCUAACUGCAGUGUUAGCACAUAGAGAAUAAGGGCCUAGAAUGUUGUUGGCUUCUAUCUCCCAACCAGCGAACAGCUUUAUUCUAAUUCAUUAUUUAACGUGAACGCGUUGAGGUGAAGAAGAGGACUAGCUGAAAUGGAUCAGAGUGACGUUGAGAAAAAUGACUUUUUUCUCAACGUCACUUUGGCCAUGUGAUCGUAAAUUUGUGAUGUUACCAAAUAACUGUGUAAUUUAUGUCUCUUAUUACUAAUUGGAUAAGCCACUCACUGCUCUGUAAACCGCAGAGGUAGCUUAAGACCAAAGUGUAUGAUUUUCUUGAAACGGCAUACAGCCAACGUAAGUCUCAUACGAUUUUACUACCGUAGGCUUUUCGACCACACGUUAUCCCUACAGGUUCGACUUGUAACAACAAUAACACUAUACUAUAGUAAUUACAAUAAAUUUUUCUUCUGAAUUUCCAUAAAUUAAUAUAAUCGAUGUUUUGAUUCCAUUUCUCUU